GAUGGAAAUAUUCUACAUGUCCCGUGCAUCAUCCCAUUUCCCUCAUCUUUUGCAUCUUUAGGGUCUUUUAAAAGGAUCAAGCAUCAUGACAUGCUCUAUUUGGUGUGUUCUCGGCUGGGUUAAAAACACCUUUACAAUAACAGGUAAGUACACUAAUACACUGGCACUAAAAAAAACCUUCAGGGAGUCAUGUAUCACCUUACCCGAGCAGUGGAAAAUCAAUAUCAGUGCGACCAAAAUGUCUGCACUUCCCUGCUCAUUGUUCUUCCCCUACACAGAGUACCGCGUCUCUUGAAACUGUGGAUAUUUUUGUGUUAACAGAGCGGAUGCUUUGAUAUGACAAUUGGAUAAUACCAUCUUAAAGGUUGAUAUAUUUUUUUUAGCUUGAUGUUUCUUAUUUUGUUGACGCUGAUGUUCUCAGCUCAUCUGGCUGAAUGUGUGCCAGAGAAGCCGAAGAGAUCAACUCUGAAUCAGCUGACCAGGACCCUCCUCAGGAAAUAUGACUGCGGAGUUCGACCUGUUCACAACUGGACCAGUCCUACCACUAUCUACAUAGACCUCAUACUGCAGUCUGUCCUUGACGUGGAUGGAAAGACUCAGAGCAUAACUACAAGUAUUUGGUACAGACAGAUCUGGACAGAUGAGUUCCUGGUUUGGGACCCAGAGGAGUUUGAUGGCAUCAAUGAGAUCUCACUGUCAUCUGAUGCCAUCUGGAUACCUGAUGUUAUCGUAACCGAAUUUGUGGAUGAGGGAAAGUCCCUACCCAUCCCCUAUGUGUAUGUCAACUCCUCUGGCUCAGUGAAGAACUACCGGCCCAAGCAGGUGGUAUUGGCCUGCAGCCUGGAGAUGUACGCCUUUCCAUUUGACAAGCAGAACUGCAGCCUUACCUUCCGCAGCUGGCUUCACUCAGUGAAGGAAAUAGACCUGGCGCUGUGGAGGAGUGCAGAGGCCAUCGCUAAUGAUAAGAGGGAGUUCAUGAAUGAUGGAGAAUGGGAACUGUUGUCCAUUCCUUCCAGCUACUGGCAGAUCCACCAAGACAACACUGACUAUGCCCACAUCCAGUUCAAUGUGUUGAUCCGCCGGCGCCCCCUGCUGUAUGUGGUGGGUCUCCUCAUCCCCAGCAUCUUCCUCAUGCUGGUAGAUGUGAUCAGCUUCUACCUGCCUCUGAACAGCGGUACACGCAUUGCCUUUAAGGUCAGCAUACUGCUGGGCUACACCGUCUUCAGAGUCAACCUGAUGGAUGACCUGCCCGCCACAGCAGUCAGAACUCCACUCAUAGGUGUGUUCUUCGCGGUGUGCAUGGCCAUGCUGAUGCUCAGCCUGAUCAAGUCUAUUCUGGUGGUGAAGCUGCUCCACCACAGUGAGAAGGAGGUCAGGCAAAUGUCAGUGUCUGCCUGCCUGCUGGACAAGUACGGCUCAGCUUGUCACGGCUUCACAGAGAGCGCUUUAACCUCCAUUAAGACCCUCGAUCACAUCAACCUGUCCGGUGAUUAUGAGCUUGAGCCCUCACUGGAGGAGGAUCUGCUGUCCCUGAAUGAGAUCCAGGAUGCUCCAUCUGGGCUGGAGUGGCUUCUCCAGGAGCUGGUUUCCCUCCGCUUGGCUUUAUCCCAGGAGGACAAUGAGUCUUCGGCUCAGGCUGAAUGGCUUGCCCUCUGCUCGAAGCUUGACUGUUUCCUGUUUCGCUUUUACCUGUUGGUUCUGGCCUCGUAUGCCGGUACACUGCUGAUGCUCUGGGCCAGUUGGAGCUUUGCCUGACCGCACAAUCAGCGACUUUGUGAUGUUCUUAUGUGAUGUUAACCAUAUCUACAGUGAUUCUGCAUUCAGUACUUUAUUCUGUUGGAGAAUCCUAAAUAUGUUACAAUGCAAAAGGAAGGAUGCAGAAGUAUUAUUGUAGACAGAAUAAUAUGUAUUUAAAAUAUACUUCAAAAAGUGGUCCUGUUUAAUUUCCCCUCCCACAAUAGUUUAUAGAAUAGGAUACAUUUUAUGUUUUGUGCUGAUGUUAACCAAUGCUUUUAAAAUAUAUCAUUACAAUUGAUGAAUUGAAUAAAUUAAGUUAAGGCAGAGCACUUAAGUCGCACGCUUGCUUGUUAGUAUCAUUUCGUUCAUAAAUGUUCAUAAAAGUGGCCUUUAUAAACUGGGUCUAUUACUCUUCUGAUUCACCACUUCAACGCCAACACUGAUUGCUGUGCAACUUCCUUCUCAUGUCAUUAAAGCUUUCGUAUUAUCUUGCUGAA